GGGAGAAACCAAUCUUCUGUAGAGAGAAAUCCACAGAGUGUGAGUUAUCCCCUAAAGGGCAGGAAAGGAAAAGAGAAAAGAAAAGCUGUAAGGACCUAGGGAGAAGCUAGAGGCCUGAGAACCAAAGGGAGGCUGUGUUAAGCACAAGCUGCGGGGAAGCAGCACAAGGGAAGUUGGAGGGAGGAAGUGGCCCAGGAAAACAGCAGCAUGUAUGAAGCAGCAGACCUAGCUGCUUAAUAUAGGGUCCCUGAGUUGGAAGCCGGAGUAGAGAGGGAGCCUGGGCUCCCCUGCCACUCUUGAGGAAGAGGCAUGCAAGCUGAGUAGAAGGACUGUUGAGUCCAGGUUGGAACUGAAGCCUGACCCUGAAGGAUGGGCUAAGGAAUAGUCCAAGAGGGGGCUGAAGGCUCUUUUGUAUUGGGAUGUUUUGUGAAUUUUCAAAUUGGAACCCUGGAAGAUAGCAGAACUUUACGUGACUUGGCUGGAGAGCCAAGCUAUGGAGCACCUGGUGAGAGGCAGAUGGUCUGCAGAAGGUGCUGGAGACAAGGGCUGCUUGCAACAUUGCACCCUGACACAAGAGGACAAGAUGGUUGGGAAAAGUUGUGAUAAAGGCCAAUCUUUUUUGUCUGAAAUACCUGAGUCCCCAGCUACUUCAUCUUACAGGAAUAUCAUCCAAAGGAUUCAAGAAUAUUGUGGCCUACACCACUCAAGAAAAAUUAUCUAGCCAAGGAAUGGAAUAAAUGUGCAGUUAUUACAAGAAAGCAACUAUUGUGUCCUGAAUUGAUAAAAAGAAUGUAAAGACUUGUACUCCUUUUCUGUACUGCAAAUAAAUAACUUUUAAGUUAUGUCCUUGCUUUAAUUACCUGUUCUUAUUGUGUGCAAUCACCAUAAUAUUUGAAC